GUAGGGUUGCGCCCUACACUCACUAAACGUGACUGCUCUUCUCAGCUCUGCGCUCGCUGCGUGUCUGCCAGAGGAAGUCACCGCCAUCAGCUUGAAUCUCGAAUUCAGUCUGCAGUCCCAUCAACAACAGCACAGCACAGAAGCAAUGGCCGACAAGUCCUCCAACCCCAUGCGCGAGCUGCGCAUCGAGAAGCUCACCCUCAACAUCUCGGUCGGCGAGUCUGGCGACAGACUUACCCGUGCCGCUAAGGUGCUUGAGCAGCUCUCCGGUCAGACCCCCGUCUACUCCAAGGCCAGAUACACCGUCAGAACUUUUGGCAUCAGAAGAAACGAGAGAAUCGCCGUCCACGUCACCGUCCGAGGACCCAAGGCUGAGGAGAUUCUUGAGCGUGGAUUGAAGGUCAAGGAGUACGAGCUCCGACGAAAGAACUUCUCGGAGACCGGCAACUUUGGCUUCGGUAUCUCUGAGCACAUCGAUCUUGGAAUCAAGUACGAUCCUUCUAUUGGUAUCUAUGGUAUGGACUUCUACGUCUGCCUCGCCCGCCCUGGAAUGAGAGUCGCUCGCCGCAAGCGUGCGUCGGCCAAGGUCGGUGCCCAGCACAAGAUUGCGCGGGAGGACAGCAUCAACUGGUUCAAGCAGAAGUACGACGCUAUUGUUUUGUCGAAGUAAAAAGUUUAUACAGCACGAAUUGUAUUUAUGUAAUAUUCAAUCUGGUCGAAAGUAGUCAGUGAAGUGGUGUUCAAGGAGUAGUAGAGUAGAAGAAGAAGUAGAAGUAGAAGUAGAAGUAGAGUAGUAGUAGCAG